AUGAUGUCCCAGGCAGCCAUGCUGGUCGAAAAGGCUAUCGGCCACGACAAGAACGCCAUCACGGCCCAGGACAUCUCGAACCCAGCCAUCAACCGGGAGAAGUACGGCGACCCCAACGUGAAGAUGCAGGCGCUCUGCUGGAUGGGCAAGAACACAGUCCAAGUCCUCACGGUCCCGAAGCCCAAAGUCGUCGAAGACAACGAUGUCAUCCUUAAAGUGACCGGAUCGACCGUGUGCGGCAGCGACCUGCAUCUGCUGCACGGAUCCAUUGUCGAGAUGCAGAAGGGCGACAUCCUCGGCCACGAGUUCUGCGGCAUCGUCGAUGACAUGGGCCCGAAAGUGACCAACCUCCAGAAGGGCGACCGCGUGGUGGCGUCCUUCCAGAUCGCCUGCGGAGACUGCUUCUACUGCAAGCAGAAGCUGUCGUCCAUGUGCGAGAAGACCAACUCGAACACCAUCGAGAACGGCAUGUAUGGCGGCAGGACUGCGGGCAUGUUCGGCUACAGCCAUUUCACAGGCGGUUUCGCAGGUGGCCAGGCCGAGUACGUGCGGGUGCCGUUUGGAAAUGUGAAUCUGUUGAAGCUGCCGGAUGAUGUGCCCGAUGAGAAGGGGCUCUAUCUCUCGGACGUCGUCGCGACAUCUUGGAAUGCCGUUGUUGACACCGUGGUCUACGAGGGUGAUGUUGUCGCUAUAUGGGGCGCUGGGCCUGUCGGUCAGAUGGCUGCCGAGUUCGCCUUUUUGAGGGGUGCCAGCCGUGUCAUCGUGAUUGACCAAAACUGGCGCUUGGACUUCAUCAAAGAGAAAAAUCCGAAAAUCGAGACAAUCAACUUCAAGGCGCUGCCGAGCGGGACCACCGUAACGUCGAAGCUGAAGGAGAUGGUUAAUAACCGCGGCCCGGAUGUUGCGAUCGAGUGCGUAGCUGGCGAGUACCCCAAGAGCUGGGCGCACACGGUCGAGCUUGCCAUGGGCUUGGAGAACGAUACGAGCGAGAUCGUCAACGAGAUGAUCACAUCAGUCAGAAACUUCGGCCGCUGCGGUAUCACUGGUGUAUACGCUGGAUUCACGAACCACUUCAACAUUGGCGCUCUGAUGGAGCGCGGCAUCCGGCUCAUCGGCAAUGGUCAAGCGCCAGUCCAAAGAUACUGGGAGGACCUCCUCAAGAAGAUCCAGUCGGGUGAGAUUGACCCGCUCGUGAUGCUCAGCCAUCGCGUCAGCAUGGAUGACAUGGACAAAGUGUACUACAAGUUUGAAAAGAAGGAAGAUCGCAUGCAGAAGGUGUUCGUGGAGACGAAAUUCUCUGCGCCGCCGGCGCCAGGCACCCCGCAGCUAACGAGAUACUGA